AUGGCUGACAAUAAUUUUCACAGUCUGGGGGCAUCGGCAUCGCAGAAGGACACAAAUAAAAACGAUUAUGAUGCUGAAAACAAGGACAAUGUACAACUCGGCGUUAUAGACACUGAACCACUGACCGUAGAUCAGCAGUGUGGAUGGGGAAGCUGGAAGCCAUCUUGUGCACAGGUGUUCAACAACUCUAAAGGCGUUCUCUUCUUCUUGUGCAUUUUUUCAAUAACCCAGAGUAUGGCAGUAAACGGUUUCAUUAACGUUGUGAUUACAAGUCUUGAACGUCGUUUUGAUCUUCCAAGCAUAAAUACAGGACUUAUUGCUAGCAGUUAUGACAUUGCUGUAUUAGUUCUUCUCAUAUUUGUCACCUACUACGGUGGUCAAGGGCACAAACCGAAGAUGCUAGGGUGUGGUGCUUUCAUCGUGGGGCUUGGAUCAUUUGUAUUCAUGUUGCCGCACUUCACCUCAGGGUUGUACGAGUUUGAUGCUAAUACUCUUGACGUGUGUGAUAAAAACAGCACUAUUAUAGAAGAUUGCGAGAGUAGUUCCAAUUUAUCCCUAUACCUAGGUGUUUUUAUAGUUGCUCAGCUACUGCAUGGCUUUGGAGCCUGUCCUCUUUAUACUCUAGGCGUUACAUACAUUGAUGAGAACGUCCCAACUAAAAUGUCUUCAGUAUAUGUUGGUAUCUUUUAUGGUUUUUCCAUGUUUGGACCUGCUAUAGGUUACGUGUUAGGUGGAAUGAUGCUAAAUUUGUAUACUGAUAUAGGUCAAGUAGAUACAUCAGAAUUGUCUAUAACUGUUGACAGUCCAUUAUGGGUGGGUGCUUGGUGGCUAGGCUUCAUAAUUACUGGGACGUUAGCUUGGAUGGUUUCAUUACCAUUAGUAGCAUAUCCGAAACAGUUACCAGGUUCUGACAAACUGAAGAGAGUGUCAGAGACACAUCAAAGCAGAGGAGAAGAGAAAGCUUCUCAACCUGGUUUUGGUUCCUCCAUCAGAGACAUGCCAGCUGCCUUUGCUGUAUUGCUCUGCAACAUUCCAUUUUUAUGUUUGAAUCUGGCUGGUGCAACUGAGGGUUUUAUUAUGACUGGGUUUUCAACAUUUACCCCAAAGUAUGUGGAGUCACAAUUUGGUCUUCCAUCUUCCUGGUCAGCCACCCUAUUUGGUAUUGUAGUGGUACCUAGUGGGUUUCUUGGUACUGUAAUGGGUGGUUGGUGCAUAAAGAAAAUGAAACUUAAAGUAGCUGGGAUAAUAAAGUACUGUUUUGUGAUGAUACUGUUUUCUUCUUUAUGCUGUGCCAUACUGUUGGCAAGAUGUCCUAAUCCACUUUUUGCUGGCAUUACAACACCCUAUAACAGUACUGGUGCUACAAUAGAUGGUAAUUUGACUGAUAUUUGCAACCGUGAUUGUCACUGUCUUUCAAUAUAUGAUCCUGUAUGUGGUUCAGAUGGUAUUGCUUACUAUUCUCCCUGUCACGCAGGCUGUCAGACUCGUGAUGAAUCACAGCUGAAUAAGAGAGUGUACCAUGAUUGUGAAUGCAUCCCUCAAUUGGAUGGUAACUCUACUUCAGCCUAUGCUGGUAAAUGUGAGAGAAAUUGUUCAUAUCAAAUAGUCUUCUUUGUUGUAUUCUUUUUGGCCAUCUUCUUUACAUUUAUGGCAAGUGUACCAGCACUAACAGCCACCCUCAGGUGUGUUCCAUUUUCUCAGCGAUCAUUUGCACUUGGUAUUCAAUGGAUAGUCAUCAGAGUUCUAGGCUCAAUACCAGGUCCGAUAGUCUUUGGUGCUGUAAUCGACAGGUCAUGUAUUCUAUGGGAAGAGAAAUGUGGUUCAUCAGGGACUUGUUGGCAGUACGAUAACCCUAUGAUGAGUUUAUAUCUGUUCAUUGUGGCUGCUGGACUUAAAGUACUUAGUUUAUUGUUCUUCAGUUUAGCUCUUUGUACUUACAAACCACCUAUGCAAGAGACAGCGGAGGACCAUGAAGGUAUUGCUAUAGACAAGUAUAAGACUGUGGAACCAAAGGAGACUGAAUUGGAGGCAUUCACUGAGAAGUAGAUUUAGUCGGGGUCAAUUCCAUGGUGCAUGCAUCCAGUGUGCCUUCUAACAGGGCUGAUUUUGUAGAGAUUAUGAGUCAAAAUUGAAUCUCUUAAAAUAAAGUUGAGUCAGUUUUUUGACUGCUGUGGAGAGAAAAAAAAUUGUAUGUGACUGCUUCUUUCCUUGAUGCUGUAUUAGAUUUGUAUCUUAUUCAUCCAUUUCAUAACAAUGUCAGUUGAACAGUGUAGAGUACAGUUGCUAUGUCCCAUUAAGUUGUAUUGUUGGCAACAAUUUGUUUAAAGCUUUGGGCAUGUGAAGUAAUAGGUGUAAUAUAAUAAAUUCAACAGUUACAGUUUCUUUUUAAUAUCAGAAAAUCACCAAGCACUUUAUAGAUUCAUGUGUGAGUAAGUUUCCAGCAUCUUGGGGUGUCAUCAAGUCAUUAGUCCCCGUUCGGACGAAGUCCGAAAACGGGGACUUAUAAUUCGGUCUCUGUGCGUCCGUGCAUC